AUGAUAGUUAAAGGACCUUAUAAAAGAAAAGCAAAAGUACAACUUAAAAGACUUACAAUCAAUGAAGCUUACAGACAACUUAUGUGUACAGAUUGGAAGAAAGGUGAAAUGAAAGCUUUCACUGGUUCUGUAUUACCUUGGUACGUGCAGACUAUCAUCCUCAAGGAUGUAUGCACAGACGAUGAAAAGAGUUGUAUAUUGGUAUCAAUGGUGUGUUGGAGAUACAGGAGGUAUGUGGUUGAGACAUACUUUCAAGAGUACAACCCUUGUAUCGCAUUAUCAAUCUCUGAUUUGGCAAAUCACGUGUUUAGUCGAUACUCUUUGUAUCGUGACGUCAAGUCACUACAUCUCGGGUAUGGAAGGAACCAGAACUUGUUUUAUGGUAAAAUAGAGUUCCCGAGGUGGCAGGACUCGGAUGAUGAAGGCUUGUGUGGACUAUCCGAUCAAGACAAGUCAGUCCCAAUCGAGGUGUUUAAAGAGAGGUUUGGUCAAAUGAUAGAGUCAUUUACAUUGUCAACAUUCCACAAUUAUGGGCAUGAUGGAGACGGUGAAGAUGAACAAGAGAGUUUGGACGCAUCUUUUAGAGGUGAAGAAUAUGGAUCACUUUUGUUAGGGUAUAUGCCUCAACUCAAGCAUCUGAAACUCCAAGCUGAUGUUGGACAGUUGCUAAAUUUACCAGCCAACUAUAAGAACAUAAUAGAGUCUAUACCAAUACACCAACUAGAGUCGUUGACACUGGAGCUUGACAGACCCACAACCUCACAAAUCCGAUUAAUGGAUAAACUAUUUUCAAAUGUACCCCAACUCCAACUCAAAACACUCAAACUUGUUCUACAAGAAACACCAGACAAUUUCAUACUAUAUCAUACAUUAUCCAAAUAUCUGAUGGUAACAACUACUCUCACUUACCUAACCCUUACCAAAAUUGAUGAUCACUUUCCAUUGUUAUUUGGUGCUUUUAAAAGACACCAAUCACCAUUAAAGAGAUUAUAUUUGGAAGGUGGUAGAGAAAAAUACACUCAACAAAAGGUACCAGUCUACUUUUGCCUUGAUUUUAUUUGUCUAUUUCAUGGGGAAAUGGGUUCCAACUCCAUCUCGUCCCCACAUCUUCCAUCAAGCAACUCAGGUUACACUCUUCUAGUUCAAUCACCAACCUCUCUCAAUAUUUGGUAG